GAUGGAAGAGAAGAAAUCGGAACUUCGCAACAAGGACCGCGAGAUGGAGGAGGCAGAGGAGCGCCACCAAGGUGGAAAUCAAGGUUUACAAGCAGAAGGUGAAACAUCUGUUAUACGAGCACCAGAACAACCUCUCGGAGAUGAAGGCAGAGGGCAGUGUCGCAAUGAAGCUGGCACAGAGAGACCAUCACAGCCAGGAGAGCUUCCUGCGUAAGGACAUGCGCGUUCUGCGGGUGGAAAACAAAGAGCAGGAGCUGGCCAAUGAGAUGGUGAUGAAGAACCUGCGGAUGAAACAAGAUGAAGAGGUGACCCGUCUGAGGAAUGACUUUGAGAGACAAGUAAAAGAAAUCGAGACCAAGUAUGAGAAGAAGAUGCGUGUUCUGCGGGAUGAACUGGAGCUGCGCAGGAAGACGGAGAUCCACGAGAUUGAGGAGAGGAAGAAUGGGCAGAUCAACACGCUGAUGAAGAACCACGAGAAGGCUUUCAGUGACAUCAAGAACUAUUACAAUGACAUCACACUCAAUAACCUCGCCCUGAUCAACUCGCUGAAGGAGCAAAUGGAGGAGAUGCGGAAGAAGGAAGACCGAUUGGAGAAGGAGAUGGCCGACCUCCAGCUGCAGAACCGCCGCCUGACUGAGCCCCUGCAGAAGGCGCGCGAGGACGUGUCAGAGCUCCAGAAGCAGCUCGCCAAUUAUGAGAAGGACAAGGUGUCCCUGGCUAGUACAAAAGCACGUCUGAAAAUGACAGAGAAGGAGCUAAAUGACCUGAAAUGGGAACAUGAAGUGUUGGAACAAAGAUUCCAAAAGGUCCAGGAUGAGCGAGAUGAACUGUAUAAGAAAUUCACAGCCGCCAUCCAGGAGGUCCAGCAGAAGAGCGGCUUUAAGAACCUACUGCUGGAGAAGAAGCUGCGAGCUUUGGCAGAACACCUGGAGAAGAAGGAGGCACAGCUCAAUGAGGUGCUUGCAGCCUCAAACCUGGACCCCACCGCCCUCUCUGCCGUCACCAGGAAACUAGAGGAUGUAUUAGACUCCAAGAAUAACGCCAUCAAGGACCUGCAGUAUGAGCUGGCCAGAGUGUGUAAGUCACACAACGACCUGCUCCGGACAUACGAGGCCAAGAUGCGGGCAUUCGGCAUCCCAGUGGAUGAGCUGGGAUUCAAACCCUUGGAGAGCUUGGUUCCGGGACAGAUGUUUGGGCAAGGCCCUGCAGGACUGGUGUCAGCCAGCACCUAGUGCUGUACAGAACUGUUAUUCCUGGAAGAUCAAUGCAACAUCGGAUGCUAUACACUACACUACACAAUGACACCAUCCAACGCUAUACACUACACUAGAGAAUGACACAGGGACACCAUCCGAUGCUAUACACUACAAAAUUACACAACGACACCAUCAGACGCUAUACACUACACUACACUACACAAUGACACAGCGACACCAUCCGAUGCUAUACACUAUACUACACAAUGACACCAUCUGACGCUAUACACUACACUACACAAUGACACAGCGACACCAUAGGACGCUAUACACUACACAAUGACACCAUCCGACGCUAUACACUACACUACUCUACAGAAUGGCACAGUGAGACCAUCUGAUACUCUCCUCAGUGUAUACAAAUUACCACUACACAAUACACAAUCUGCACAGUGACACCAUCUGAUACUCCCCUCAGUGUAUACAAAACACCACUACACAGUACACACAUUGCACAGUGACACCAUCUGAUACUCUCCUCAGUGUAUACAGUACACACAGAGCACAGUGACACCAUCUGAUACUCUCCUCAGUGUAUACAAUUCACCACUACACACAUUGACCAGUGACACCAUCUGAUACUCCCCUCAGUGUAUACAAAACACCACUACACAAUACACAAUCUGCACAGUGACACCAUCUGAUACUCUCCUCAGUGUAUACAAUUCACCACUACACACAUUGCACAGUGACACCAUCUGAUACUCUCCUCAGUGUAUACAGUACACACAUUGCACAGUGACACCAUCUAAUACUCCCCUUAGUGUAUACAAAACACCACUACACAGUACACACACUGCACAGUGACACUAUCUGAUACUCUCCUUUGUGUAUACAAAUUACCACUACACAAUACACACAUUGCACAGUGAGACCAUACAGUGUAUUUAUUUUAUAAACUCUCUCUUUUUAGCAUUUUAAAGACUAAACUCUAUAAACUAUUUAAAAAGGACAA